GCAUCCACCGCGCCAAAGUGCAGGGUCUCGCCGUGCCACAGUAGAUGCUCCCCGUUUUUGUAGUGGUCGGCGUGCCUCGACUGCCAGCAGCGUCAUGACGCCGCCAGCAGCUGCCGGCGUGAAGCGCUCCUACGCCGCGAUGGCCGUGUCCUGGGACGGCCAGACACCCGACCGGCCCACUGAAUCUCGGCCAGCCGCAAGAGCUUUCUCCGCCGACAGCAGGGACCAUGCCUACUUGCCGCCAUUCCACGAACCUCCGGCCUUCUCGGCUCGCAGAGAGUACGGCCCGGCUUCCCAGACGCCCGCGCGCAGAGUCUCAACCCCAACGGCCGCUGCUCAUGACGCAGACGCAUCCAUCCUUCUUGCCGGCAUUCGUGGCGCUGGCAAGACCACCUUAGCCGUCAUAGCCUCCAGCGCCAUGAACCGCAAGGUUGUCGAUCUCGAAAUGGCCUUCCGAGAGGUGACAGGCCAUUCCAGCCCGGCCUACAAGAAGAUGUACGGCGCCGCUGCUUGCCAAAGCCGUCAACUGAGCGUCCUGCGUGACGUCUUCGAGAGGCAUAAGAAGAACGCCGUCCUUGUCUUCUCGUGGAUCGAGAGGAGCUUGCAGUCGACCCUGGAGCACAUCGGACGGUCCAUUCCCAUCAUCUAUGUGCUCCGUGACCCCAAAGCCAUCCAGAAUCACCUGAAAAUCGACACUAUCGAGAAAGCCCGCAACCUCUUGGACGCAAGCAGCACAUUCUUCAGACGAUGUACCCGCUAUGAGUUCUUCAACGUCUCGGAGGAUCACAGCACGCCCCAGGAAUUUGCAGGCAACCGUCUCCCGUCGCCGACCGCUGAGCUCGACCGUCCUACCGCACCAUAUCUCACACUCAAGCGAGCCGAGCGGCACUUCCUCAAGUUUCUUUCCCUGAUUCUGCCGAGCGGCGCUAUCCCCUUCAUCGAGUCCGCCUUCCCUCUUGCAUGUGUUCCGGCUGAGGAGAGGCAGUUCACAUACGCACUCUCCGUGCCUCUCUCGUCAUUUACUGAGGGCGAUCUCGACAUUCAAGAGCUGGAAUUUGGAGCGGAUGCCAUUGAGAUUGUCGUCGACGACCUCGUCUCCGAUUACGCCAAUCGUUUACCGUCAUCGCCCGAAAUUUCACCCCACCGAGCCAGCGAGAUCAGCCGCGUCCUAGCCCAAGUCCGGCGAGACACCGUUGUCCCCAUCCUUUUCCACGUGCUGUUUCCCGAAGCAGCGCUGUCCGGCGAGUUCUGGCGAUCCAUGUACCUAUCUUACAUCCUCCACGGCCUGCGACUCACGCCCGAUUACAUUUCUGUCGACUUGAGGCUUGAUACCCCCCUGCUCACGAACAUGCUCAGCGUCAAGGGCACUUGCAAAGCUGUGGGCAACCUUCAGUUGCUGGACCCGAACCCACCGCCUUGGGAUGCGUCUUUCUGGCGCACAUACUACGAAAAGGCACAGGCCUGUGGCUGCGACUUGGCGAGAUUCACAAGGAAGGCCAUCAACCCGAGCGAUAAUUUUGAUGUGCGGCUCGUCCACCACGCCGUCGAGUCGGUUCCGGGCCCGAGGCUGCCGCUCAUUGCUUACAAUACCGGGAUGCUCGGGCGAACGUCAGCGUGCUUCAAUCGAGUGCUCACGUCGGUCGUGCCAGAAGGCUUGCGGAAAGAGCGGCUUGGUCUGGCCUCUGAUCUAGAGGCUGCCUUGUGGCCGUCGCUCACAGCCAGAGAAGCAACCCAAGCUAUUUACUCGGCUUUUUGCUAUGACCCAAUGAGGCUCUACGUUUUCGGUGCCAACGUGAGCUACAGCUUGUCUCCAGCAAUGCAUAAUGCUGCGCUCAAGGCCUGUGGCAUCCCUCAUCACUACCAGCCUCACUCGACCAGCACCAUCGCUAGCCUGCAAGAGCUCGUCAACGACCCUCACUUCGCCGGCGCGUCUGUCGGACUGCCUUUCAAGGUCGAGAUUAUCAGCCUGACUCACUCCCUGAGCCGACACGCCAAGGCAAUUGGCGCCGUCAACACCCUGAUUCCCAUCCGGGACAUCGACCCGGACGGUAGCAUACCGGAUGAUGUGCUGCUGUUCAAUGGGAGGAAUCGAGCAGGCCCGGUGAAAGCCCUGUACGGCGAGAAUACGGAUUGGAUCGGCAUCCGAGCCUGCCUCCGCCGCGGUCUUUCUCCAGCCAACGCCGUCAGGCCUAGCAGCACCGGCCUUGUCGUCGGUGCCGGCGGAAUGGCCAGGGCGGCAGUCUACGCUAUGUUGCAGCUCGGGGUGAAGCACAUCCUCAUUUUCAACCGGACGCUUGCCAACGCAGAGAAGCUUGUGUCACACUUUGAGACUUUGCUGAUGCGAAAUGGCCUGCCCCUAUUCAGUGCGGCUUCUGGAUCUAACGAGACUGCAAGGUUCCACAUCAUCCGCUCUCGCGAUGACCCCUGGCCAGAGGGUUUUAAGCAUCCCACCAUGAUAGUCUCAUGUAUCCCGACACACGGCAUCGGCGGCAAUCCUGCGCCGGAUUUCACAGUCCCUCCAUCCUGGCUAGAAAGCCCCACGGGUGGUGUUGUGUUGGAGCUCGAGUACAAGACGCUGAACAGCCCGCUCUUGGAGCAAGUCCGAAGGGAGGCUCAUAGGGGCUGGGUUGCAAUGGAUGGAUUGGAUCUGCUUCCUGAGCAAGGCUUUGCUCAAUUUGAGCUUUUUACCGGCCGUCGAGCGCCGCGCCGUCUGAUGCGACGCGAAGUUUUCAAGUCGUACCCAGAUGACCAUGGGCGCUCCAACUUGGCGCAGCUACAGCCCCGGCUCGACAACAUAAAUACGGAGGAAUCUUGACGAUCUCGUUUUGCAAGUCUAUCCUGCUUAUAUCCUGCAUAUCCUGUGUGCCGUGCAAGUGACGAGAAGCAUCAACCACGCGACAGUGCGCUAGGUUGUCUCACCAUCUUUGCACGCGCUAGCAGCUCGCUAUCCCGCCGCCGAAAAGCUGA